AGAUAUGGAAAGCUGAAAGUCUCCAUUAUCACAGUUAACGACGUUUAGGUUUCCACGUGCCUCGUGCUUUUACACUUCUGAUUAAUCUUCGCUUCAGCGUCGUUAAGCACCACUGGGACAGAUGGCAACGGGAGGAAGAGAACUUAGGGCUCAUCUCCGUAACUCACACAUAACAAAAGCAUGCUGGGCUUCAGCAAAGCACAGCAGCUGCUGCCAGCUGUUCCUGGGAGCCCAGCGUGUCCGUAUAGACUCUAAGGCAAAGCAACCAAAACCGGGGUUCAUUUUAGAAAGGGUUUCAGUGACUUCCGCAGCCUCACAAAUUCAGAUAGUGAUAGAAGUGGACAUCAGGCUCAGGAAAACAUAGGAAUGCUGACUGAGGGGCUGUGGGCAUACAUGCGUUAUUAUGUGUGCAUUCAGUAUUGUCAACUACUGUGAAAUUCCACAUUUUAGAAACCAUUAACAUAAUUUCUUGCUCUCUGAACUGUCACAGUACCAUUCUCAAAUGAAAAUACUCCCUUUCUUUGUUCAACUAGUUUUAGAAAACUAAAAUUCUCCCCAACAACCAAAGAAACAAAUACAAGUUUAUUGCCCUGUAUUCUUGUGUAAUCCUUGUUUUAUGUAUUUGCUCUGACUUGCUUUCUGUUCUGCUGCCUGGCAUACUCAGUAGGAAAAACAGAUUGCAUGCUUUAAGCCUGUAAUGCACCUGGCACAUUUAGUGGGAGGAGAGCCCGAAGGGAACAGGGAUGGGUCAGAAACAAAGAAACUGUCACUGGGACUGCUUGGCUUACUGUGGUAGCCAAAUGUUUUUAUCAGUAGUUCCUGGUGAACAAAAUAAUGCAUUUGAGUUCUUUUCUAACCAGUGACUUAGCCGUUUGUUUCAGGAAAGGUCAUUGAAAGGCAGAGACAAUUACUAAGCUGAGCAGUAGGAAGAGGGAUUGGGUAAUUGCCAAGAAUAUUCACAGCAAUCAGUAAGCAAAAAGAAUGUUAAAACACCAAAAGAUGUAGAGUAGCAUGGAUGUUAGCUGUUUAUCUUCAGUUGCAACUCCUUUUAAUUUCCAGCAGAUUAAAAGAUCACAAACAACUGUUCUGUAAAAACAGCAGGGAGGAACCAAUCCCAUCUGGCAAUAAUGAGGUAUUUUUACCUCUGUAAGCUUCCAGGAAGAGUUAUGGGAAUUCGCCUACUACGCUUUACUUCUGGGGUGAUCAUCAUCCUACUUCUUGUAGCAGGAGCUUUAACAGCUUUGCUUCCCAGUAUUAAAGAUGACAAGACACCUAAUUUUAAAAGGGAAUCAAAAACCCAGAGUUGGCCUGCAGUAGAUUCAUUUACUCUUAUUAUGCAGACAUAUAACAGAACUGACUUACUACUGAAGCUAUUAAAUCAUUACCAAGCUAUCCCCCAUUUACAUAAAGUAAUUGUUGUGUGGAACAAUAUUGGAGAGAAGACACCAGAGAAAAUGUGGAAUUCCUUAGGCCCUCAUCCCAUUCCUGUUAUUUUUAAAGCUCAAUCUGUAAAUCACAUGAGGAACAGACUCCAGAGCUUUCCUGAGCUGGAAACAAAAGCUGUUUUAAUGAUGGAUGAUGAUACACUCGUCAGUGCUCAUGACCUUACUUUUGCCUUCUCUGUUUGGCAGCAAUUUCCAGAACAUAUAGUGGGAUUCAUUCCUAGAAAGCAUAUCUCUACUCCUUCAGGUGUAUACAGUUAUGGCAGCUUUGAACUGCAAAACCCAGGAUUUGGAAAUGGAGAUCAAUAUUCUAUGGUUCUUAUUGGUGCAGCAUUUUUUCAUUGUAGGUAUUUAGAGGACUUUCAAAGACAACCAGAAGCUGUUUACAGUUUAAUAGAUGAAACUCAAAAUUGUGAUGAUAUUGCCAUGAAUUUUCUGGUAGCAAAGCAUACUGGAAAGCCUUCAGGAGUGUUUGUGAAGCCUGUUGAUAUAAGAAAUUUGGAAAAAGACACUAACAGUGGCUAUUCUGGGAUGUGGCACCGAGCAGAGCAUUUGUUACAGAGAUCUUACUGUGUAAAUAAAUUGGUUAAUAUUUAUGAUGGCAUGCCUUUGAAAUAUUCUAAUAUAAUGAUUUCCCAGUUUGGGUUUCCUAAUUAUGCCAAUCACAAAAGUAAAGUGUAAACCAAUGAAUUUAGGGGGUUAGGUGGUAAUAUUCAGUGAGUUCUACCGAGUACAAUGAAAGAAAAAAGUGUAAUUACUGCAUCUUGGCCAUCCUUAUUGGCAGCCUCCGAGUUUCUUUCAUAUGGCAUUUUAUGUCAUUCUCCCCUCCCACUCUUUCUUACCAAUCACCAAGGUAAAUUUUCAGAAAAUUUUAAAUAUAUAUAUCUUAAUGUUUAGUCAUAAUAUAAUCUUUCUCUUCCCACAACCUGAGAAGUGUUUACAACUAGGCCGUGUCAGAAACACGCAGCCAAGAAUGUACCCCUAUGCUUGAGUGUUCAUAAUCUGAUUUUUAUUUUUAUUGUGUACCUAGCUAAGGAAGUGUGGGUUUGCUGUGUAUGGAGAUGCUUCCUUCCCCUCCCCUUCUCCUCCACACACUUCCUACUGAAACUGUAAAAGGGUUACAACAGACUAGCCUUCUAGACUCCUGUACAAAACUCCUUUACAUCUGUAUGUAAGCUUUGUAUUCUGAGAUGUUCCUGAAGCUGCUGUGAAGGUAAACCAGAAGAAGGGUACCCCGCUUUGAUCUUAGUCCUAAAACCAUUGCCUACAAUAUCUACUACUGCUGAGGCAGUGAAAAAGGAUCUCUUUAAUACAGCUUUUUUUCUUAUUAAUAAUUCGCCUAGAAUUGCUGAAACAUUGCAGACAGUUUGAAGGUAAAACUUAGCAGUUGGAGAUGAAACACUUGAAUACACAAAAUAUGAAAAUUAUAUAUGCAGUCAAGUCAAUGAGAUUUUUUUAUCAAUACUGCCUUUAGUAUUUAGUUUUCUUUUGGUAUAUUGUGUGUAUGUUGUUACAGAAAUGUGCCCAAGUGAAUCUUUAUUUCUAAGAUGUCUUAUUUACAAUUGUUAACGAGAGCAUGCUGCUCUACAUUUUUCUAGUUUGUACAUUUUGUAAUAUUACAAGUCUACCUUUUUUACCAAUCUUUCACAUGAAUGAUUACUUUUUGAUUCCUUUUAUCUCUGUUCUUGGCAGCUAUGACAACAGAAUUAAAAUGUGCAAUAAAUGUGUAAAACAAUGUGUUUUAAGGUACAGUGCUGUGUGACAGGGCUGGACUAUUAUCAGUCUUUGAAUUAUGUGGCUCAGUCUGUGGCAAGAAAGAGCAAUUUUUAGUAACUUCUGUUUUAUUAGAAACAGUGUUAACAUAGGAAAAAAAACUUUCAUUGUAGCUACAUAGCUAUUUUGUGGUAUGGAUGAAAAGCAAAAAAGCAGUGAUUUUUUUUUUAUCAGAAGAAUCAAAUCUGACUUAGGUUUAAUCCCAUCUACAUCAGUUUUAAUUUAUUUUCAGUACCAGUUCAAAAGUUGGUAAUCAAUAGCAACUCAUGUCUACAAUGAGCUGCAAACAUCUACACAACUGGUGUGUGAUUAUUUUUUAACAAGCUACCUGGACAAAAACAGUCUUUGAAAAAUGUGACAUUCUUACAGCUGUUUCUGGAUGUGGACUCUUUGGGUUUGUUUCUGGAGUACAGAGGAUUCUUUUAUUUCGUUAUAUCAGUGUUAAAGAAUUUAUGUUCAGUGAAGACUUCCUAAUAUUUCUAUAAGACUUAAAGAAAAAAGCAAGCUUUGUAUAUCAACUUAAAAUCUGUUCAGUUUUGUUGUAAAUUGUAUUUACUGGGCUGUGGUGAUAAGUAAAAUCCAAACAGAACUAUGUGAGACUUCUAAAAGUGCAACUGUACUAGUGGUAGCUUCAUGCAUUUCAUUCAUUUACUGGUCAUAUUUAAUCUCUGUUCUGUACAGUAUUAUUUGUUACAUUCUCACGAUUUCAGUUGUGUUUUACCUUUUAAAUUGUGAAGUGAACUGUCAACUCAGCUAAAUCUUAAUCUUGGGCUUUUUUCUUUGAGGGAAAAGAGAUUGUUUUGGGCUUUUUGUUUUGUGGUGGUGUUUUUUUUUUUUUUUAGCAGGGAGCUCUUCUGUAUCAGUGAAGGAAUGAAUAGAAAAGUUUUUAUUAUUCUGGUAAAUUUAAUUUGUACUUUUGUCAAAUAAAAUACAUUAAUAGAUUUGUUCUGUAUUUAUUUCACAUAAAGUGUAAUACCAAGUUUUCAGUAUUAGAUGUCUGGAAUAAGCUCAGAAGUUCAAUACAGAUGAGCAGUACCAAGAGCUCAUUUAAAAAUAAAAAAUAUUAUGGGUAUUUGCUGGCAUAUGAUAAUUUAGGUAAGGCUUAUGUGUGACAAUAAUACAAGUAUAAAAAUAACACCACCUGAAACAAGGUAGACAUAAAAAGUUCAAAGGUCAGACUUCAGGUCUAGCCAUCAUUCAUUUUGCUUAGGAAUGGAAGAAGUUUCUUUGUUUUAAAGGCUGAUAAUUUUUUAUAAGUAAUGAAUUUGUCCCUUGGUGGUUAUAGAAGUACCUUGAAAUUCUUUGAGGUAUUGUACUAAGAAUUUAAGUAUUAACAAUUUCUUUUUAUUAUGAUAAGAGAUUGUGUAAAUGUCAUUUGGAAGUAUCUUGGAAUCUAAGCAGAUCUAUCACUGCCUCUGAGUUUUCUGUAGAAAUCAGUGUUUGUGUGACACAGGGUCUUAUAUGUGGUAUCUGAAAUAUGUACU